ACCAGGGUCGUCACGGCCGUUUCUCGCUGCGGUUUAGAUAUUUAAUUUGUAAUCGAGUGUUUGAGCAGACCUAGCGUGUUGUUCCGCCCGAUUACGAUUUUUUCAUGACUGCUGCUGUGUCUCAAAAUCUUGUACUUUAUGUCAUCUGCUUCAUGUGUAGGCUGCGAGCUGUACCAGGAAGUGAGGUAUUGCACUGACAAGUGACCAAUCAUCCAAAUAAAAGCUGGUUUGAUGGCCGGAGUUGCGCGGUCCCGCAGCUGAGCCACCAUGGACGCGCUGUCCAGCCACAGCUCGUACCUCCUGCAGCAGCUGCAGGAGCAGAGGAUCCAGGGGCUGCUGUGUGACUGCAUGCUGGUGGUCAAAGGGGUCUGCUUCAAAGCCCACAAAAAUGUCCUGGCUGCUUUCAGCUCUUAUUUCAGGUCUUUGUUCCAAAAUUCGCCGAGUCAGAAGAAUGAUGUGUUCAACUUGGUUAUCCAGGAUGUCGGUGGCAUUGGGCAAAUAUUGGACUAUAUGUACACCUCCCAUCUUGACAUCAACCAAGAUAAUGUACAAGCACUUCUGGACAUUGCCCAGUGUUUGCAGGUUCCCAAUGUCCAGAGCAUGUGCAAUGCUUUUCUCAAGCCCUGUCCUCCACCGGUGGAGACCCCAUCUUUCUCUCUGCCAGGUGUCCUGACCUCAGAACAUGACUGCCUCCUGGGAAAUAGUCUUCCUCAUGACAUGGAGCUCCACUGUCCUCCCUCUGAAGCCCAGAGGCCUGGCUUCAGCAGUGACCUGGACCACACCAAAAGGUUGCCUGUUUCUGCGCCUCAUAGCAGCUCAAACUGCGAGACAGCUGGUGGCACCCAGACACCCGUUGAGAGGCAGCUCAUCCAUGGCUACAAGCUCCGCAACUUCUACAACAAGCAGUACUUCAAACAAAGUGCAGUACAGACGAACAGUGCUGCCGCAAGUCAAGGUCCAAGUCCUUUGGUGUUGGUGGAAGAGCAGCACUGUCAACUCAGGGUCAGUCAGGGUGGUAACAACACCCCUGUGUGCUCAGGAAACACAGUUCAGCCUAACCCGCCCUGCACCUCUACACCGGCUGAAAAGAACCCAGGCCCUUCAUUAUCACCUGUGGAAACUUUAACCACCCCCAGCUCUGACUCAGCAGACUCCAUGCUCAACAAGCCAGUGCGCCCAAAGAAGGCUGUCUACCUGAAGAAGUACAACUACCUGCGGUCUCAGAAGGCUCUGGAAGAGAUGUGUGCCGAAUCAGCCAGUGAACCCGUCCUCAGCUUUCCCAAAGAGAGUCACCAGGAAGAGUCUUCGGUCCAGACUGAAGCUCCAGAGGCUCCUGCUGACUGCCUUGCAGAGGGCAGACAGGAGGCUCCUGAGACGGCAACAGAUACCCAACUUCCCAGUUCCCCACCUGCGAACCAAGAGGAGCAGGAUCCAAAAACGGCAUCAGAGCAGCCACAGCCGACAGGACACAAGCAGUACUGCUGCGAGGUGUGUGGAAAGAUCUUCAAACACCCGAGCAACCUGGAGCUUCACAAACGCUCACACACUGGUGAGAAGCCCUUUCAGUGUAACGUCUGUGGGAAAAACUUUUCGCAGGCUGGGAAUUUACAGACACAUUUACGACGACAUUCUGGAGAGAAACCAUACAUCUGUGAGCUGUGUGGAAAAAGCUUUGCUGCAGCAGGAGAUGUUCAGCGUCACAUUGUGGUUCACACAGGAGAGAGGCCACACCUCUGUGAUAUAUGUGGUCGAGGGUUUAGCAACUUCAGCAAUCUCAAGGAGCAUAAGAAGACCCACACCACAGACAGGAUGUUCACCUGUGACCAGUGUGGAAAAUCCUUCAACAUGGAGAGAAAGCUACUGAAGCACAAGGUCCGCCAUGCUGGGGAAAAACCACAUCGCUGCGACACAUGUGGGAAGUGCUUCAUUGGCUCAGGAGACCUGCGGCGCCAUGUGCGUUCACACACUGGUGAGAGACCCUACCUCUGUAACACCUGUGGUAAGAGUUUCACCCGUUCUGCCCUGCUGAGGAGACACAGCAACAUGCACUGCAAGGGUCCUCCAGACGAAAGCCCUGUUACAGACACCUCUGAGCAGCUUAGAAGCUCAGACGGGACAGCCUCAUUCCCUAAACCUGUCAGCCACAGCAAGCCUCCAGCAGCGUCCAGUGAGCAGCCCUUCCCCAGUAUGAUGUCCCACACAGGGAUCGAGAAGCCCUCACCUCCUCCUCUGCCACCACCUCCACAACCACCACACGUGGAUACUCCACCUCCCAGCAUGCACCUCAGCCCAGCAUCUCCUCCCACGUCCCUCCCUGAACUGCGCUCCCUGGUGCCUCAUCACCUUCUCUCCUCUAGCCACCAGGAGAGGAGCCUAGCCCCACCCGCCCCAGACCACAUGAAGCUUGGCAAAUCAAACCUACCUCAGGAGGCUGUUUAUGGCCCGUAUGUGGAGAAUGGGGCAGUGGCAGUGGAGAUGGGGGGAGGUCUGGUGGGGCGGCCCUACCUGCCCCCAGCAGAAAACCACUGUGGUUCCCUUUCAACAUCCAACAGACCCAACAGUGGCUCCUACAGGUCCAGUGAAGGCCAGUUCAUCUCCAGUGUAACUUUAUGGGGCCUGGCGAUGAAAACCCUGCAGAAUGACAAUGAUAUGGAGCAGUGAGGGGUCAGUUCCAGUUGAAAUGAGCACAGCACUCAGUUGUUCAGGGGACUUGCACUUUUUCACUGAUGUUUACUCAGUCAGUGUGUUUGUUGCAGUGAUAAGAUAGGCCGGCUGCCUUGUGCUUUGUAGGUUGAAAUUCACUGGUACCAGUUAAUGGUAGCUCUCAGAAUAAGACAAAACGCAUAAAAAAAGUGUUUGAAUCAUGCAUUACUGUGAUGGCGUCAUUUAUUGUGUCCAGAGCUGUCAAAAGAAGUGCUUCCCAGUUUAUUUUUUAACUAAAUAAAUUGAAGGUUUCAACUGUAUCUGCUCUUUUUAAACACAGCCCACAGUCCCAGGAUGGAAGUCAGCUAUGGAUUAUCUAGCAGAAUGUUUUCCAAUUUACAGCUAAUAAAAGAGAAAAUUGCACUCAGGUAUUUUCAGUUUGUACACUUUGCACUGUGCUUUAUAAUAUAAACAAUGCAGACCUAUUUUGACCUAUCAGUUUCAAAUAUUUAUGUACUAUAUUCAUAUAAGACAAUAAAAUACACCGUUUUGUAUGACAU